UAUCGAUUCAAACAGGCACUCCAUCUUUUUAAAAUAAGUCCUUUACGAUGGCUCCGGUAAGUAAAUAUUGUUAUAGAUGGAUAGCUAAAUAGUAGCUAACGCUAGCUGAAUUGCUUGCCGUAACUAGCUAGCUAAGUAGCUAUCUAGAACGUCUGUGCAGUUUCUCAUUUUGUCAGCAUUCAAUGGCUUUAAUUUACGCUGAACAUUUUGUGUACUAAUGUAAUGUUACUCACCAUUAUUAUAAUGCAAACUAUAACAUCCACAUCAAUAUCAAACGUCACAUUGCUAGACAUGCAUUCACUAGACAUGCAUUCAGCUAGCUAGUGACUGUUAAAUCCCAGUUCAACACCCAAGUUGUUCAUAUGAAUACAAAGCACUGACGACCUUUUGUCAUCAACAGCCAAGGAGCAAGAAGAGGAAGCCGAGCUUUCGCAGGCUGCUGAAGACGAGCAACGUGAAGCUUGACAACAAGCUGAAGAACCGUCAGUUCAAGAAGGAGAGCACCGACAAGAAACACCGCAAGGAGCAGAAGAAGCUCCGGGCAGCUAUCAAAGAUGCGGUGUUGAAGACCCCCCUCCCCCUGGAGCGCUACAAGAAGAGGCCAGGUGUGUGCAGCAUGACUACCCAUCCAUACAGUAGUAUAGCCUAACAUCUAGGCCCUGACAUCUUGCGCUCAAGCUGAAUGAUGCACUGUUUACAAUGCACUGUUCCACACUAUGGCACCAAAAUAAUUCCCUAACCUCUAUAAAGUGAUCUUUUGUUUUUGAGAGUCCUGUUUGGUGGCGUUGAUUACAUGUCCCUGUCUGGUGUCUGUUACAGAGGAUGAAGAGGAGGAGGAGUUUGUAGAGUCCCUGCCAAUAGACAUGAUGGAUGAAGAUGACCUGGAGCAGAUUAAGGCCAUGGCUCAGAAAGCCUCCUUCCUCACCAGAGACCUGUCAUCGAGGUAAUGACAAGCGAUGGGGGAAAUUACAGUCCAUACUGUAUUUUCACCCACAUACAGCCAGUCAGGAUUUCUUUAUAGUGUGAUGUACCAUCUGUCUAUUCAUUUCAUGUACAUCCCAUCACCAGUAGAUCAUAGCAAAGUGCACACAUGGUGAAAUGUAUAGCUGUAGGAAACUGCCAAAAUAAAGGAAACAGGGCAUUGGGCCACCAUGAGCCAGAAAAGCUUUAAUGCACCUUGGUAUAGAUUCUACAAGUGUCUGGAACUCUAUUGGAGGGAUGCCAUACCAUUUUCCCAUGAGAAAUUCCAUUGUUUGGUGUUUUGUUGAUGGUGGUGGAAACCACUGUCUCAGGCGCCGCUCCAGAAUCUCCCAUAAGUGUUCAAUUAGCUUGAGAUCUGGUGACUGAGAUGGCCAUGGCAUAUGGUUUACAUCGUUUUCAUGCUCAUCAACCAUUCAGUGACCACUCGUGCCCUUUGGUUAGGGGCAUUGACAUCCUAUGGGGGCAUAGCCAUGGUAUCCAAAAUAAUGGCCUGCCCAGUAUUUUUAUACAUGUACCUAACCAUGAUAUCCGUAUAGUCUAAAUAUGUUUGAAAGCAAAACAUUUUUGGGGACACUUCAAUAGAGAGAGAGAGCGAGACCAACUUGGGCAAGUUAACCUAUGGCAGCAACAAGUUUGUUUAUCUAUCAUACCAUCUGGUAGUGCCUGUCUUGACUGCAUCAUAUCAUUGUAAAGAAGCUAGCUAGCUAAAAUGGCAAAGCUAAUUCAAUCAAUUUCAAUCAAUUUUAUUUUAUAUAGCCCUUCUUACAUCAGCUAAUAUCUCGAAGUGCUGUACAGAAACCCAGCCUAAAACCCCAAACAGCUAGUAAUGCAGGUGUAGAAGCACGGUGGCUAGGAAAAACUCCCUAGAAAGGCAAAACCUAGGAAGAAACCUAGAGAGGAACCAGGCUAUGAGGGGUGGCCAGUCCUCUUCUGGCUGUGCCGGGUGGAGAUUAUAACAGAACCAUGCCAAGAUGUUCAAAAAUGUUCAUAAGUGACAAGCAUGGUCAAAUAAUAAUCAGGAAUAAAUCUCAGUUGGCUUUUCAUAGCCGAUCAUUAGAGUUUAAAACAGCAGGUCUGGGACAGGUAGGGGUUCCAUAACCGCAGGCAGAACAGUUUAAACUGGAAUAGCAGCAAGGCCAGGCGGACUGGGGAUAGCAAGGAGUCACCACGGCCGGUAGUCCCGACGUAUGGUCCUAGGGCUCAGGUCUCUCAGUUGGCUUUUCAUAGCCGAUCAUUUAGAGUUGAAAACAGCAGGUCUGGGACAGGUAGGGGUUUCGUAGCCGCAGGCAGAACAGUUGAAACUGGAAUAGCAGCAAGGCCAGGCGGACUGGGGGCAGCAGGGUGUCAUCAUGCCCGGUAGUCCUGACGUAUGGUCCUAGGGCUCAGGUUCUCAGAGAGAAAGAGAGAACGAGAGAAUUAGAGAGAGCAUACUUAAAUUCACACAGGACACUGGAUAAGACAGGAGAAGUACUCCAGGUAUAACCAACUAACCCCAGCCCCCCGACACAUAAACUACUGCAGCAUAAAUACUGGAGGCUGAGACAGGAGCGGUCCGGAGACACUGUGGCCCCAUCCGAAGAAACCCCCGGACAGGGCCAAACAGGAAGGAUAUAACCCCACCCACUCCGCCAAAGCACAGCCCCCGCACCACUAGAGGGAUAUCCCCAACCACCAACUUACAAUCCUGAGACAAGGCCGAGUAUAGCCCACAGAGGUCUCCACCACAGCACAAACCAAGGGGGGGGGGGGGCGCCAACCCAGACAGGAAGAUCACGUCAGUAACUCAACCCACUCAAGUGACGCACCCCUCCCAGGGACGGCAUGAAAGAGCACCAGCAGGCCAGUGACUCAGCCCCUGCAACAGGGUUAGAGGCAGAGAACCCCAGUGGAGAGGGGAACCGGCCUGGCAGAGACAGCAAGGGCUGUUCGUUGCUCCAGCCUUUCCGUUCACCUUCACACUCCUGGGCCAGACUACACUCAAUCAUAUGACCUACUGAAGAGAUAAGUCUUCAGUAAAGACUUAAAGGUUGAGACCGAGUCUGCGUCUCUCACAUGGGUAGGCAGACUGUUCCAUAAAAAUGGAGAUCUAUAGGAGAAAGCCCUGCCUCCCGCUGUUUGCUUAGAAAUUCUAGGGACAAUUAGGAGGCCUGCGUCUUGUGACCGUAGCGUACGUAUUGGUAUGUACGGCAGGACCAACUCGGAAAGAUAGGUAGGAGCAAGCCCAUGUAACGCUUUAUAGGUUAACAGUAAAACCUUGAAAUCAGCCCUUGCCUUAACAGGAAGCCAGUGUAGGGAAGCUAGCACUGGAGUAAUAUGAUCAAAUUUCUUGGUUCUAGUCAGGAUUCUAGCAGCCGUAUUUAGCACUAACUGAAGUUUAUUUAGUGCUUUAUCCGGGUAGCCGGAAAAUAGAGCAUUGCAGUAGUCUAAUCUAGAAGUAACAAAUGCAUGGAUUAAUUUUUCUGCAUCAUUUUUGGACAGAAAAUUUCUGAUUUUUGCAAUGUUACGUAGAUGGAAAAAAGCUGUCCUUGAAACAGUCUUGAUAUGUUCGUCAAAAGAGAGAUCAGGGUCAAGAGUAACGCCUAGGUCCUUCACAGUUUUAUUUGAGACGACUUUACAACCAUCAAGAUGAAUUGUCAGAUUUAACAGAAGAUCUCUUUGUUUCUUGGGACCUAGAACAAGCAUCUCUGUUUUGUCCGAGUUUAAAAGUAAAAAGUUUUCAGCCAUCCACUUCCUUAUGUCUGAAACACAGGCUUCUAGCGAGGGCAAUUUUGGGGCUUCACCAUGCUUCAUUGAAAUGUACAGCUGUGUGUCAUCCGCAUAGCAGUGAAAGUUAACAUUAUGUUUUCGAAUAACAUCCCCAAGAGGUAAAAUAUAUAGUGAAAACAAUAGUGGUCCUAAAACGGAACCUUGAGGAACACCGAAAUGUACAGUUGAUUUGUCGGAGGACAGACCAUUCACAAUUGAGGCUAUUGUGAGGCGUCCUUGUCUACAACAACUCCAUGAAACAUCAGCCUACCUGUUGGUUGAUCAUUGUAGCCUACUCCUUCUCAUUUAGCCAAUUUAAUUCUGUAAUUUUAAUUCCAUUUUGCAGCUACAGCUGUGAAAUAUGUAGGCUACCGGUGUGUCUUUUUUAUGGGGCUCACUCAUAAAAACUCAUAACUGUUGUUUCAUUAACAUUUAAAAUGUAAUGGUCAAUCGAUGUAGAAUAUGUAGCAAUGUCACACAGAUAAUUUAAUUAAUUUUAAUUAAAAUGAAUACUCUUCCCAAGUAAUCGAAUACUAACGGCCGUUCUGAUAUUCAAUUGCUUAAUUAACUCAGGAACUACACCUGUGUGGAAGCACCUGCUUUCAAUAUACUUUGUAUCCCUCAUUUACUGAAGAGUUUCCAUUAUUUUGGCAGUCUGUAACUUAUCUUCUCACUUAACCUUACUUGUUUCUACUUGAAUACCUGCAGUGGUCCAGUGCAUGCCAAAAAGCGCAAGGGGGAGCAGCAGGGUCCAGAGAGUUAUGAGAAGAUGCCCAGAAAGAUGCAGCUAACAGAGGAGAAGGAGGUCAUUCACCUCCUGCCAAUCAAAGACAAGAUCAGAGGCCUUAUCCCACAGAGCAUGGAGAAACCUGGUAGGAUCUUCACCUGAAAAUGUCAAUUUUUACCUUAGUCAUAAGUCGCUCUGGGUAAGAGCGUCUGCUAAAUGACUCAAAUGUAAAUAUUGUUAAAACGUUUUAGAAUUUAUAACUCUGGUUAUGUGGUUUUGUCUUUUUCAGUUGAACCAAAAAAAGCUGAGGAGGAAGCAGAUGCCCCGACUGGCUUGGAGCAAUUUGAAAACGGUACCAGCAUCAUGAACCACUUCUUGACUUGAGUCAGCCAUCCUCUCUGUGUAGAAUGUGUUGUUAGACCAACUAUUGGUGGCCGAGUCCUGGUCAGUAGAUGAGGUGCUUCUCUGAUGUUGCUGGGGUGUAUUCAUUACGCCGUUUCUGUUGCAAAACGUUUAGUCUGUUGAAAAAAACAUUUUACAACAGAAACGGUUUACAGCAAACGGAAACGAGAGUUUCUAUUAGACAAAUUCAGGUAGGUCCCGCCCCGUUUCAUUUUCUUCCGUUUGGUUCUUAAACGCUAAACUGUUUCCGUUGCAAGGCGUAAUGAAAUCACCCCUGUUUGUCCACAGAGGAUGAGGCUGUGACUGGGCCGGCCCUGACCCCUCAGGAGCAGCUGAAUCUCCGCACACAGAAGCUGACAGACAGGAAACUACGCAUCGCCAGUCUAGGAUCAGACAUCCUCUCAGACCCCACCAUCAACGUAUGGCUGCUCAGGCUACUGUUGCUUCCUUGUCCCCAUGGCAACAUUUCAAGUAUUAUCUUAUGUCACAUAGACCAAUAAUGUCAUAGCAGAUAGAAGGGGAUUUGGGAAAUGUUUUGUUUGGUUCUCCUUGAUGGUUUCUGUAUGAAACCACUGUGUCUGAACUCUGAAGAAUGAACUGUCUGUCUGUGUUCAGAUCAAGAAGCUGAAAGAGCUGCGAUCCAUGCUGAUGGAGACAGACCCCUACGUGGCCGUGACGGUCAGAAAGCUGGUCAUGGUCUCUCUGAUGGAGGUCUUCAAGGACAUCGUCCCCUCCUACAGGAUAAGACCCCUGACAGAUACAGAGAAAGCUUCAAAGGUGAAGAAAGAGACACAGCAGUUGAGGGAGUUUGAGGAGGGCUUGGUGAGCCAGUACAAGUUCUACCUGGAGAACCUGGAGCAGACAGUCAAAGGUACAUAGACACACUCUCACACUGAACCCACUUUUCUCUUUAUUUGUUGAUAUUAAUGACUUGUUGUGACUGGUUGUUGUGCUUGUUAUGACUGGUUCAUAUUAAUGACUUGUUGUGACUGGUUCGUUGUGCUUGUUAUGACUGGUUCAUAUUAAUGACUUGUUGUGACUGGUUGUUGUGCUUGUUAUGACUAGUUCAUAUUAAUUACUUGUUGUGACUGGUUGUUGUGCUUGUUAUGACUGGUUCAUAUUAAUGACUUGUUGUGACUGGUUCGUUGUGCUUGUUAUGACUGGUUCAUAUUAAUGACUUGUUGUGCUUGUUAUGACUGGUUCAUAUUAAUGACUUGUUGUGACUGGUUGUUGUGCUUGUUAUGACUGGUUCAUAUUAAUGACUGGCUGCUGUUGGUUGUAACGAUUUGCUGUGUGAACGCCCUGCCCUUUAGACUGGAAGCAGAAGAAGAGAAAGCGCAGUGAGGCGGUAUCCCUGCAGUCCUAUAAGGGCCUGGCUGAGGUGGCCAUCCGCUGCAUCUGUGAGCUGCUGGUGGCCCUGCCACAUUUCAACUUCCACAACAACAUCAUCGUCAUGGUGGUGCCUUUGAUGAACGACUCCAUCAAAAGGGUGAGUCUUGAGUAAGGGUUGGAUGGGUCCCCAGAACCCCAUAUUAGGACAUUCGAAAAUCUUGUCGCAUGAAGUUCACUAUAACAUUAUUUUGUAAUUUCAUACAAAUAAACUCAGCAAAAAAUUUGAUUUGAUCUUAUGAUGUGUUGGAUGGUUUUGCUUGUCUGUAUUAGGUGUGUUAAUCUCGGAAACCCAGAACUGAAAUCUUGCAUAAACGUCCUCUCACUGUCAACUGUGUUUAUUUUCAGUAAACUUAACAUGUGUAAAUAUUUGUAUGAACAUAACAAGAUUCAACAACUGAGACAUAAACUGAACAAGUUCCACAGACAUGUGACUAACAUAAAUGGAAUAAUUUGUCCCUGAACAAAGGGGAGUCAAAAUCAAAAGUAACAGUCAGUAUCUGGUGUGGCCAUAAGCUGCAUUAAGUACUGCAGUGCAUCUCCUCCUCAUGGACUGCACCAAAUUUGCCAGUUCUUUCUGUGAGAUGCUACCCCACUCUUCCACCAAGGCACCUGCAAGUUCCCGUACAUUUCUGGGGGGAAUGGCCCUAGCCCUCACCUUCCGAUCCAGCAGGUUCCAGACGUGCUCAAUGGGAUUGAGAUCUGGGCUCUUCGCUGGCCAUUGCAGAACACUGACAUUCCUGUCUUGCAAGAAAUCGCUCACAGAACGAGCAGUAUGGCUGGUGUCAUUGUCAUGCUGGAGGGUCAUGUCAGGAUGAGCUUGCAGGAAGGUUACCACAUGAGGGAGGAGGAUGUCUUCCCUGUAACGCACAGCGUUGAGAUUGCCUGCAAUGACAACAAGCUCAGUCCAAUGAUGCUGUGACACACCGCCCCAGACCAUGACGGACCCUCCACCAACAAAUCGAUCCCGCUCCAGAGUACAGGCCUCGGUGUAACGCUCAUUCCUUUGACGAUAACCACGAAUCCGACCAUCACCCCUGGUGAGACAAAACCACAACUCGUCAGUGAAGAGCACUUUUUGCCAGUCCUCUGGUCCAGCGACGGUGGGUUUGUGCCCAUAGGCGACGUUGUUGCCGGUGAUGUCUGGUGAGGACCUGCCUUACAACAGGCCUACAAGCCCUCAGUCCAGCCUCUCUCAGCCUAUUGCGGACAGUCUGAGCACUGAUGGAGGGAUUGUGCGUUCCUGGUGUAACUCUGGCAGUUGUUGUUGCCAUCCUGUACCUGUCCUGCAGGUGUGAUGUUCGAAUGUACCGAUCCUGUGCAGGUGUUGUUACACGUGGUCUGCCACUGCGAGGACGAUCAGCUGUCCGUCCUGUCUCCCUGUAGCGCUGUCUUAGGCGUCUCACAGUACGGACAUUGCAAUUUAUUGCCCUUUCCACAUCUGCAGUCCUCAUGCCUCCUUGCAGCAUGCCUAAGGCACGUUCACGCAGAUGAGCAGGGAUCCUGGGCAUCUUUCUUUUGGUGUUUUUCAGAGUCAGUAGAAAGGCCUCUUUAGUGUCCUAAGUUUUCAUAACUGACCUUAAUUGCCUGCCGUCUGUAAGCUGUUAGUGUCUUAGCGACCGUUCCACAGGUGCAUGUUCAUUAAUUGUUUAUGGUUCAUUGAACAAGCAUGGGAAACAGUGUUUAAACCCUUUACAAUGAAGAUCUGUGAAGUUAUUUGGAUUUUUACUAAUUAUCUUUGAAAGACAGGGUCCUGAAAAAGGGAUGUUUCUUUUUUUGCUGAGUUUAGAUGUGGUUUUGCAGAGACAUGGAGAUGGCUAUGUGGAGUUGUAGCUUUAGUUAACCCUAUAGGCUAAAUUGGCCUAUAUGGAUAGGGCUAAAUUGGCCUAUGUGGAUUGGGCUAAAUUGGCCUAUAUCAGGGUUCCCCAACUGGCGGCCAAAUCGCGGGUGGUUUAAGUUGGCCCCCCAUAAAAGACUGUAAAAACACCAGGAAAUCCGCUCCCAAGUAUUCCCACGCAUAAUGGAGAGACGCGUGAGCAUAUAAAAAUUAUAAUAGUUGAUUCGAUUUAUAUAGCAAUUUUCUACCAACUGAGGUACUCAAAACGCUUUACAUAGUAGGGGGAAACUCACCUCAUCCAUCAUCAAUGAGCUGCACCCAUCUCAGUGCCAGAACUCUCACCACACAUCAGCUCAUUGAUACGGGUACGAGGGUAAAGGGUUACGUCCUAUGAAAUUAAACAGGGAUAUGAUUUUAUCUCGUGAUGUGUUGGAUGGUUUUGUCUUGUCUGUAUUAGGGGUGUGUUAAUCUCGGAAACCCAGAACUGAAAUCUGGCGUAAUUGCCUCAGAUGCUCGAUUUAAAGUUCUGAGAUGUUAGGAGAAAGGUGCUAACGCGACUUAUGAAGUCUCCACCCCCCUAAACGGAAACUCUCCAAGUUUCUGGCAAGUAUAUUGGCCGAAUGACCCCUUCCCAUCUGAAAUUUGAAAGAUGCGAAAUCGUGGUUUGUCCAAAUAAUCAGUGACGAAAAAGCAGUGGACUGGAACAAAGUUCCUCGUUAGUCGCUGCAUCCCACAGUCUGUUGACAGACGCUACUACCAUUUAUGUUACGUGCUUCUGUCUACGAGUGAUUAGGGGUGUGCUUGUCUCUUGACUACUGAGUUUGUCUUGGUUGUGCAGGUGUCUGAUAUGUGCUGUGAAGCUGUCAAGAAGCUGUUGAAACAGGACAAACAGGGCCAGGCAUCACUAGGGACAGUCAAAGUGAUCUCCGGACUGGUCAAGAGCAGGAACUACGACGUCAGACCUGAGGUACUUUUCACCUACUAUUUCCCGGCAAAACGUUGAGUUUGAAGAGUUUUUGACGGCAUGUCUCUUGUCGAAAUGCAUCUGACGUUUUCUCAAUGUUGACUUUUCCCUACAGCUGCUGAAGGUUCUCCUCUGUCUGAGGAUAAAGGAAGUAGAGGUGAAGAAGGACACAGACGACACGGCUCCCAAAAAGAAGUUAAUGAACUACAAAGACAAAAAGAAGAAUCUGUCCAGGAUGCAGAGAAAGGUCAGUAGCCCUUAACGGGGGCAAGCAAACAUGUGGAAUUGUUUUAAGAUGCUCAUACCAAGGGUCAUUUAGCUAUUUGCUUUUGAAUUUUAGGACCCCUUAAGGUAUCCCAAACAUUUUUUGAUGAAACGUUGCAUUUGGCCUUACAACUAUUAGCCCAUAGAAACAAAUUGAAUAACAACUUCAACUUCAUAGAUGGAUAAACAGAUAGUCCCAAAAGAAAUCUAAAGGAAGUUUGUUCUGAAGUGUCUGUCCUAUAUCUGAGAUAUAAGUAGGAUCAGGAAACUGUAUUUAUUAUUGUAUUUAACCCCAUAUUUUAGUGCCUAAAAUAUCUCCAUAUAUACUUCCAAUAAUCUUUUUAACUGGUACCCGGCUACCUUCAGACACAUGUCUUCCUGUGUUUAACUAGCAUUCUGUGAGUUUAAAUGUUGUAUGUGUCUGUGAAAAGUGUAAUGGAAGUGUCCUGUCAUCCUUACAGUGGAAAAAGGCUGAAGAGAAACUAGAGAAAGAGCUACUAGAGGCUGAGGCGUCAGAGAACAAAGACAAGAAGCUCAAAUUGGUGAGUUUAAUUAAAUACUUUUAACUGUCUCAAAUGGGUAGGAAGGAAUGUUUUUUAAUAUAGAGCUGAAAAGCUCAACGUUUUGAGAAAGUGAUUUUAAACUUCUCAUGACCCAAAUUCCAAUUAUCGGUUCUUUCUCCUAGCACACGGAGACCUUGAACAUAGUGUUCCUGAUUUACUUCAGAAUCCUGAAGAAAGCUCAGAAGUCCAUCCUGCUUCCCUCCGUUUUAGAAGGGUUAGCAAAGUAAGAGACGGAUACAUUAAUAACUUACGCAAAUGUAAAUAUAUUUGAUAGAAUGUGGACAUUGUUUUCUGACAAAUUUCUUCUCCGAAGGUUUGCUCAUCUAAUUAACCUGGAGUUCUUUGAUGACUUGUUGAACGUUCUCCAACAUCUUAUCCAAUCAGGGGUGGGUAGUACAAAUCCUUUACCAGUCACAUCCAAAUACUAUUCACAUCAUCUGACAUGAUUGGCUAAUGGCUUUUCUCCCUCUAGGAUCUGACCUAUCGGGAAAGCCUUCACUGCAUUCAGACAGCCUUCAACAUCCUUUCUGGUCAAGGUCAGUGAUUGGUUUAUGAUGACAUCAAUGAGCAUUAUUAAACACCUCACAGAAAUAUAUGUACAGGACAUGCACAUUUAAUGAGUUCCUUUCUUUUGCGAACAGGUGAUGUCCUCAAUAUUGACCCUCUGAAAUUCUACACCCACCUGUACAAAACACUGCUCAAACUCAAUGCUGGUAAGUCAAACUGUCUAGAGCUUAUUGAAGCCCAUGUCUGGCUCACCGUCACCGAAUGUGUUCUGCUCUGAUGUGACCCGUUCCUUCAUUAAAACGAUCAAAACAAGUUUUAAUACUGUGGCUGUUUUUUUCCCCAGGUGCGUCUAAUGAUGACAUCAGCAUCGUACUGCGUUGUCUCGACGUGAUGCUGACCAAGCGUAGGAAACAGGUGACCCUGCAGCGCGCCUUGGCUUUCGUCAAGAGACUGAGCACGCUCAGUCUGCACACACUGCCCAACGCCACCGUGGGCAUCCUGGCAUCCAACAGGAUGUUGAUACAUGUAAGUGUUUACCGUCUGUGUGUAUGAUGGGGAGGGAGAGAUUGUGUGAGAGCAUACGUUUGUGAUUAAGAAAGCUGUGCUCCCCCUCUCUCUCCCAGACCUUCCCCAAGUGUGACAUCCUCCUGGACAAUGAGGCUCAGGGUAGUGGGGUGUUCCUGCCUGAGCUGGACGAGCCAGAGUACUGCAACCCUCAGAACACUGCCCUGUGGGAGCUACACACACUCAGGGUAAACACACACACACACAUACACACACACAGAAAAACACACACACACACAGAGGUAUAGCUGAUGGCGUUGUUGUUGUUGCAGAAACACUACCACCCAGUUGUCAGGAGGUUUGCCGUUCACCUCUGUGCAGGGGCUCCUAGUGAAGGAUCUGGAGCGCUGACCGUUCAACUCACCAGAAGGUAACAACAGUGUGUGCAGACUGUACUCCUGAGUGGCGCAGUUGGUCUAAGGCACUGCAUCGCAGUGCUAACUGUGCCACUAGAGCCGCGACCGGGAGACUCAUGGGCGGCGCACAAUUGGCCCAGCGUCGUCCAGGGUAGGGGAGGGAAUGGCCGGCAGGGAUGUAGCUCAGUUGAUAGAGCAUGGCGUUUGCAACGCCAGGGUUGUGGGUUCGAUUCCCACGGGGGGCCAGUAUAUGUAUAAAAAAAAUAUAUAUAUAAAAAAAUGUAUUCACUAACUGUAAGUCACUCUGGAUACGAGCGUCUGCUAAAUGACUAAAAUGUAAAUGUAAGAGGAUGCCGUCACUUUUCAAUCUCACAUUUAAUUCAUCCUCUAAAAAAGGCCCUUUGCUGCUCCUCCAGCUCUUUUACAAAUACUCAUACAAGACCCAAGUCUUUCUCAACAGUGCUGAGAUAUGAGAUCCUAACCAAAGAUGUGUGCAUGUGCAUUAUAUAAAAAAAAUGAUUGAAAGGUGUACAUUACUUUUGACCUGUCUCAGGCACCCAGUGGAGCUGUUUGAAGACUACAGAGCUAAAGACAUGACCUUCAACCCUCCAGUGGCAGCGCCUUCCACAAAGAAGAAGGUACAUCCCGUCCCUCCCUGUCCAUGUAUAUUCCACAAUGUUAUUAGGCCCCACUUAAAGGAAAACCACCCAAAAAAGUAUAUUUUGGUAUUUGUUUCAUUAGUCCAUUGUUGACAUAGUCCCAAAAGGUUUUGCUUGUCAGCAAUCAAGUUUUCAAGAUGUGUAACUUUCAAAAUACAGAAAUCAUCCCCGUAUGAUGCUGCAUUUUCCGUUAAGCGAGUUGUCUUUGUGAUAUCUUUGGCUCCUACCUCUGCAUUGUGUCUGUCGCAGGAUUAUUUCACGAUAGGCGAAGCCCUGUUGGAUGAUAAAUUGAAGCAGCAGAUUGAUUGUGUUCUCUCAGCGGAGGAAGAGGAUCCUACGUCGCUGGAUUUCUCUGCAGUUCAGACAAGCAGCACAUAACACUUCACACCCAACCGGAACCCCCCCCCCUCUUUUCCUUUGCCUGUAUUUUAUCUAAAUGGACUGUAAAAUAACAAUCAACCAUAAACUGGUUUCUGUUGGUGACAUUUCUUUUUAAUCAUUCUCUUUGCUGGUGUUCAGACAUUUUUGACACAUGAGAAUGCACAAAAAUCUUGGAUACAGUUAGCUGUUGAAGAACAUUAAAGUAAUGUUUAGUUAAA